AACGUGCAGUAUAUUGGGGCACGUGUUAUCAGAAAACGAAGCGAUCGAUGACAGCUCUGCGCAAUGGGGGUGGCAGAUGAUUCAAGCCGGGCCGGGCACUGUGGGACAUUACUUUGUAAAGUUGCCAGAGGCGGAACAGCGUGUACGCUACGUGGCGGAUGGUAGCGGCUACCACGGCGCCGUCGCCGUCACCACGAGUGACCACGACCACAUCCACACGACCAAUUUCGCGCUGGGAGAUCGAGCCCUUCAGCUCACUUCACAGAUUCCACCCCAGACAUACAAUCAGCAAAUCACAAAUAACGGAACCCAAGCAAUUCCAGACAGCAAUUUACAAGAUGGCCAAACUCCGCUACAAAUUUUCCUGCUGCGAGGACAAUACCCCGUACAAAAUCACUUCUUCCAAGUAAUUCCUGACAACCCUGUCCAUUUAACUUCUGUACCUAACUUUUAUUUAAAUAAUAACCAGGAUGCAACACCUUCGUAUUACAAUCUAAAUGUAGAACAUACAAGGGACGAUAGACAAUACGCAGAAAAUAAUGUAGAAAACAAACCAAAUAACAGAGCAACUCACGAAAACGAUGAAGAAAUAAUAGAAACCAAAGAAAAUGGACCAGUAGUACGAGUAUUUAAAGAUCACAAUUGCCCAAACGAUGAUUUAAAUUAUAAUAAUAAUUUGCAGAAUCAACAUGAAAACCAUUUUCAACAGCCUGCCAAAUACAAUCAUGAAACUCCACACAGUGUUCAUGGUAACUUUGGCGAACGAGAUUUUAAGCAACCAACCAGUCAAGCGAUAAAUAAUUACAAAAUCGAUCAACCAGAUAAUAGAAAUGAAAGAUAUUAUUAUUCUACAGAAAUAAGUCACAGUACAACAUCUAAACCUGUAAUUUUGACUGAGGAAGAAGGUAUAUCAAGACUAGUAGCAUCAACACAAGAUCUUAUAACGAAUGAGGAUCUAUUAAGAAUUAAUCAUGCAGCAGAAAGAGCUGUAAGCGGUUAUGGUGAUGAUUAUAUUAAACCUAAACGUAAGUUAAACUCUAAAUCAAUUGUUUAUAAUGGACCUACGCAGGCAAAGCCAAGAAGUAGAAUUACAGUCUCUGCAAAGAUUGGUAAUAUAGUUGACAGCAGAAUAGAACACCCGAAAAGUUAUAGAGAACCAUCUGCACAGGUUAUCAGAGAGCCAACGCCACAAUCUUACGAAACAACCAAUAAUGAUUACAGAUUUGCUUCACCUAUAAUUGUUGCUGAUCCUAAAUACGGUAACUACAAGCAACAAAUUGUUAAUAAUUUAGUUUCAACAAUGGUUCCGUACAUACAAGAUGGAUACGAAAUUGUCGGUGUAAGAAAUAGUUUAAAUGAAAAUAAUACGGGUAAAAAUGAAGAAAAUAAGUCAGGUGAAGAUUUGGUUAAUAUAACUCCAAGGCCUAUAAGUCAAAGCUAUUUGGCGCCUAUAACAGUUGCCUUGAGGCUUCUCAACUUAAAUGAUUCAGAAAUUUUCAAUACAGUUGACGAUCAUGAAGCAUCAGAUAGUGAAUUAAUUGAAAAAACUGUUGAAAAUCCAGAAAAUGGGAAAACAAUAGUAGAGAUUCAGGAAUCCAUACCCGUAGAGAUCACUCAUAUUAAUGAUGUCGAAUACCACGAGUAUUUAGAUGAAGGAAGGAGUAACAAUCGAAAUCCCUAUGGGAUAGUAAAAUCAAUAUAUCAAAAGUAUUUGCAGAAUUUAGAAUCUAACACAUAUGCACAGAAUCAACAUGAUAGUAAUCCGAAGAAUCAGAAUUCUGAUUAUUAUGAGACAAGUAAUAAUGAAGAUUCAAAAGAAACAUUAGAAUCUAGCGAAAACAUUCAGUCAGAGGUUCAAGUCCAAGCAAACACAGACAAUAGAAAUGCAUAUGCAAAUUACUAUAACGCAGAAAAUGGUGAUAAAAUAAUUCAGCCUAUUAUAAUUGAAAAGCAAGUACCAGUAACUGCUUACGUAGAUCGUUUUAUUGAGAAAAAAGUUCCAUAUCCAGAACCAGUUGAAGUAGUUAAGCAAGUUCCAGUAGACAGGCCAGUCCCGGUUCCAGUUCGAUAUGAAACGAUUGUUGAGAAACCUGUAGAGGUUACUAAAUAUGUAGAUAAACCAUACCCUGUUGAAGUAUAUCAUUCUUAUCCAGUUGAAGUUAGAGUGCCAUAUCCUGUAGAACAUAAAGUAUAUGUCGAUCGUCCCGUACACGUUCCUUACCCAAUUGAAAAGGUUAUUGAGAAGCAAGUAUUACACCCUGUACCCAUCCCGACUCCUGUAGGAAUACCUUUUGGUAUCCAAGUUCCUGUAGAAAAGAAAGUUCUUUACCCAGUUCAUAUAGCAACCCCAGUACCAGUUGCUGUACCUGUAGAAAAACAUAUCCCCGUGGAAAAAAUUGUCGAGAAGGAAGUGCCAGUUCCUUAUCCAGUUGAGAAACAAGUUCCUUACCCAGUUCGACACGAAGUCAAGGUCCCUGUUCCCUACCCUGUUGAGAAAAGGAUACCAGUACCAGUUGAAGUACAUGUGCCUAAACCAUACCCAGUAGAUCGUAUCAUUGAGAAGAAAAUUCCAUAUCCUGUAACAGUUGAAAGAAUUGUAGAGAGGAAAGUUCAUGUAAAAGUGCCAUACCCAGUGAAAACUUUCGUUGAAAAAAUUAUCGAAAAGCCCGUCGUUGUUACAAAAUACGUUGACAAACCCUACCCUGUAGAGAAAAGAGUUCCUUACCCCGUCGAGAAAAUCAUAGAGAGGAAAGUCCCUUACCCUGUUCACGUCCCAGUUGCGGUGAAAGUUCCUUAUCAAGUAGAAAACAAUGUUCAAAAGCCUGACGUUCCAUACCCGUUUGAAAAAGUUGAAAAACAAACGAUUUACACUUACGGAGUCAACCAAGAAGUUUUAUCAAACGUAGCAAACUAUCUGAGAUAUAAUCAAGAACAAUACAAGCAGCCACUGCCCAGUUACGUACAAAAUAACGAUUUCAACACACAACAGCAUGCUGAGUCUCAAAGGAAUUACCAAAUACAGCUUGCUAACGCUCAAAUCUUGAGGAAUAUACAAAACACGACACCUGCUUACUCGAAGCAAUGGGGAAACCAAUACGCCGCGACGUAUCAGUACUCAAACUCAACUUCGGACAAAAAACUACCAGAAACAGUAUCACACAAUCAAGGAAACAAUAAAUAUUUUGGUCCUCUCCCUUUAAGAAAUUACGAAGGUCAGUGGGAAAAGAAUAAAGAUUAUACGGAAAGAAUAAGAAGAACUGAUAGAACACCUAAAGUUUCCAAUUUGAGGAUAGAAUAUGGAGGAUUCAAGCCACCUUUGAUACCUAGCACUGAGAUUGAUUUAGAUGGUUUACCCAUAAAUAAAAGUAAAGAACAUUCUUAG